UAUCUGUUACACAUUGAGACGUAUCAAAAUUUCCGUAUAUUUUAUUAUAGUAGUUGACUUAUACACACCUUUCGACGUAUAAUUGAAUUGGUUUUUGGUAUUUUCGAUGUUGUUUAUUUGUUAACUUGGUUCCUGCUGUGGUCUAAAUUGCUGUCAAGGCAUAUGACAGGGAGUUCUUAAAUUACAAAUGUGUACAUAUGAUUUUAACAAAUUAUGCAGCAUACAAAAAUUGGAUACGACUUUGUUAUUUUUUAAUUCAGCAUCUAACGGCACUCUGCGUCAUCAGCAUUGCACUCACAUGCGCCAAUGCGGCGUUGUGGCCCAGCUUUAGCAGCAGCAGCAGCAGCGCAGAUGAUGCGCCGCCCAGCAAAUGCACCGGUGCGCGUGGAUUGAAAUAUUUGUCUGGUGAUGCGUUGACAGAUUCACCAGACUGCCUGGGUCCAAAUAAUGCGCCGUAUCCCAGCGCGGCCGUUGCGCGCACAUUCUCCAAUUGGAACGGAAAUUCGCGACGUGGACGUCAGAGCAAAUUGCCCAGCACACUGGAUCCAGCAAUAACCACAAGUGCAUUGUUGAGGGCCUACGAUGAGGUGAACAAUGAGGCUAUCGGAAGCAAUCGUUAUGGUCGUUCAUUAAAGAACGCUACGCCGGCGCAACAGUGCAAGAGCGAUACGCCGGCGCGACUGUGCAAGACGCGCUAUAAUACAACUGCGCCCAUGUAUGGCGUUAGCUUGACCUCGGGUCAGCCCGUGACCAUUGUGCAAAAGUUUCCCGAUCUAUUGCAACAGGUCGUUUUUGAGGUGUGCGAAUCCUCAGAAUGCGAUGUGGUGCGUGGCGAGUGCACGCAGACGUAUGUGCCUUAUUUGUUCCUGGUUAUACCUCUGGGCCCAGUAACGCUUACUGGCCAGGAUUAUGUGCUCGUUGAGAGCGGAUGUGUCUGUAAGCCAAAAUACUCGACGGGUGCCGCUCAAGAGCCUAACAUGAUACCGUAAAUGCAUGAAAGUGUUAUCACACUGGUAUACAACAGCAACCAAAAGAACUGAGCGAGUUUAUAGGGUGGAGCGGCAAAAUUUACUUAAAUCUGGAAUUAUUUUUUGUAGCAAAAUCAUAUUUUUAAUGUUAUUUAUUCGCUUUUCGUUUGCCUCUAUUUAUCUCUACCUAUCGCUGUUUAAAUGAAAUAGGCUUUUGCUCGAAAAAUAAUGCUAAAAUUAAGUUUUUAAUUAAA